AUGUCACUCACAACCACGGCCGCGACAACGAAAAUGACAACAACAGCUUCCCCAGCAGCUGUCGAGGCCAUCUUCCGAUACGAAGAGCCUGACCGGUCGGUGCCCGCUGAGCAGCGGAGUUUGUUCUCCGCGCCAGCACCGCACAACCUCAAGGAGGAGAAGUUGACCCUCCACGACUACCGAACGGACACGAAGCUGGCCAAGGGCGUCGAGGGUCUUCACAAGCACGGCUUCACGGUCGUCGAACACCACGUCAACCCCAGCGCGUGGGCCACCGAAGAAGCCAUCCGGCAGACAUACAUCCCGGUGGUGCAAGAGCUGGUCAAGAGCGUGACCGGGUGCAGAACCGCCCUCGUCAACAACGUCGCCUUUCGUCGCAAGCCUCCAAGCAACGCAGACGCAAACAAGAAGUUCUACCACCCGCGUGAUGGGGAGAUAGACAAAAUGGUCGGUGCGCUGCCGUCGGACCGCCCAUUGGUGUCUCCGCAGGAAGCAGAUAAAUCCCUCGAGCCGGCUCGGGCCAUGCACGUCGACUACACGAUUAAAGGCCUUCGCGACACGAUCAAACACUGUCGCGCUGAUUUUGCCGAGGCGGGCGCUGAGGCGAUCAAGGCGCACGAAGCUGGGAGCCGCGGUCCGCGCGUGGCAGCGUACAGCGUGUGGAGGCCGCUCAAGACGGUGAAGCGAGAUCCCAUCGCCGUGCUGGAUUGGAAGUCUCCGGGCAACAUUCAAGACGACCUGUGUGCCUUCGACUAUCGUGCCAAGGGGUAUGAGGGGGAGUACAUGCUGGAGGCGUACACCAUCUCGCGACCGGCAAAACUCGAGGACCAUCAAUGGUACUAUGUCUCUGAGCAGAAGCCGCACGAGGUGAUGAUGAUCAAGUUUGCGGACACGGAGAGUGAGAUUGACAAGGAUGUUGCGGUAGCUGGGGGCCAUGGCAGUCCUUUUGUCAUGGGUACGGAAGAUGAGGAGCCCAGAGAGAGCAUUGAAGCCAGGGUGAUAGCAUUCUGGUAG